UCCCUGUGCAGAGAGUGGCCCCCCCACCUUCCGCCACGCCGGCCCCCCCCGGGAGCGCCUGGCCCUGCACGUGCUCAACCUGUGCCCCUUUGUGCCUGAGCACCUGGAGACACGGCCCCUCUACAGCAGUGCCCAGCCCGGCCUCGAGCAGGGCAAGCUGCAGAUGUGGGUUGACAUUUUCCCCUCCAACCUCGGACCCCCUGGGCCCCCUGUGAACAUCGACCCCCGCAAGGCUGAGGGGUAUGAGCUGCGUUGUGUGGUGUGGAACGUGCGGGACACGGACUUGGGGGACACCAACCUGCUGGGGCAGCGCAUGAGUGACAUCUAUGUGACUGGGUGGCUGGACGGUCUCCCUGAGCAGCGGCAGCACACAGAUAUCCAUUACCGCUCCCGGGACGGACAUGGCGCCUUCAACUGGCGCUUCCUGUUCCCCUUCGAGUUCCUGGCGGCUGAGAAACUCUGUGCCAUCGGCCGCAGGGAGCAUGUCUGGAGCCUGGACAAGACAGUGCUGAAGGUGCCACCCAAACUCAUCCUCCAAGUGUGGGACAAUGACAAGUUUAAAGCAGAUGAUCUUCUGGGCGUCCUGGAGCUGGACCUGACCAAGCUGCCCUACCCAGCCCUGACCCCCAGGCUGUGCAGGGCCAUGCCCUGGGAGCACCGUAGUGUCCCCUGGCUCUGGUGCAGGACCCCAGCCCUGGCCCCCUCCUCAAUCAACCUUUUCCGAAUGCGGCGGACACGGGGCUGGUGGCCCUGCAUGGUGCAGGAGGACGGUGCCCAGCGGCUCUCUGGGAAGCUGGAGCUGAGCUUGGAGCUGCUGACAGCCGAGGAGGCCAAGGAGCGGCCGGUGGGGAAAGGGCGGGAGGAGCCUAAUAAAUACCCAACGCUGCCAGUGCCCAGGCGCUCCAAGUCCUCGUUCCUGUGGCUGCAAUCCCCGCUCCGCCUCCUGCGCUAUGGGAUCCGCUGGCGCUACUGUGGCUGGGCCGGGCUGGCACUAGUAGCAGUCUUGCUCCUCUUCCUCAUGCACACCUUCUUCCCGAGUUCUCUGACUGUUAAGACGGUUGACCAACUCCAUGUCCUACAUCCUGCUGGUGCACAGCAUCCUAAAAUGGAGCAUCCCCCUGGCAGAGGAGCAAUGCCAGCCUGAGGAGCCCAGGAACCCCUCAACUCCCCCCUUCCCUGGCUGCCAACCCCUCCCUGAGCUCCUCUCUCUCUCUCCUUUUUGGAUUAUCCCACCAUGGAGUGGAUUGUCCUGCUCCAGAGGCUACAUCCUGAUGAGUAUUCUAGGAAUUAACAAAGUCACGUCC